CUCAAAUGGCCCCGUAGGGCAACAAGGAUGGUUAGUUUUGACCGUGCUUAUUUGUGCCAUAAAAUAUUGAUCCUAAUUGGCAGCUAUUUGGGCUUUUAUAUUUGCCGACCUCCCGUUUUUGAGCCGUGGUCACUAAAUGAAGAGGGUCUGGCCUGGGAAGGCCCAUGCAUUCCUUCAAUUGGAUGGGGAGCUGGGACAGUGUCUCUGGCGAUAGCGAGAAUAGGAGGGAAUGUUGACCAGGGAGCACCGCUGCGGCCGUUCAGAGGAGCAGGAACCGGAGCCCGGGUUGAGUCCGAAAAAAGCCGGAUCCAGACGGUGGCUCCGGAACGGCUGCAAUUGGAAGAUGGAGGAGCCGGAGGAACCGGCGGACAGUGGGCAGUCGCUGCCUCCAGUUUACAUCUACAGUCCCGAGUAUGUCAGCAUGUGCGACUCCCUGGCCAAAGUCCCCAAACGGGCCAGUAUGGUACAUUCUUUGAUUGAAGCAUAUGCACUGCAUAAGCAAAUGAGGAUAGUUAAGCCCAAAGUAGCCUCCAUGGAGGAGAUGGCCACCUUCCACACUGAUGCCUAUCUGCAGCAUCUCCAGAAGGUCAGCCAAGAAGGAGAUGACGAUCAUCCAGACUCCGUAGAAUAUGGGCUAGGUUAUGACUGCCCUGCCACGGAAGGGAUAUUUGACUACGCAGCAGCUGUAGGAGGGGCCACAAUCACAGCUGCGCAGUGCCUGAUUGACGGAACGUGCAAAGUAGCAAUUAACUGGUCUGGAGGGUGGCAUCAUGCAAAGAAAGAUGAAGCAUCUGGUUUUUGUUAUCUCAAUGAUGCUGUCCUGGGAAUAUUACGAUUGCGACGGAAAUUUGACCGUAUUCUCUAUGUGGAUUUGGAUCUGCACCAUGGAGAUGGUGUAGAAGAUGCCUUCAGUUUCACCUCCAAAGUCAUGACAGUGUCCCUGCACAAAUUCUCCCCGGGAUUUUUCCCAGGAACAGGUGACGUGUCUGAUGUUGGCCUAGGGAAGGGGCGGUACUACAGUGUAAAUGUGCCCAUUCAGGACGGCAUACAGGAUGAGAAGUAUUACCACAUCUGUGAAAGUGUACUAAAGGAGGUAUACAUAGCCUUUAAUCCCAAAGCAGUGGUCUUACAGCUGGGAGCUGAUACGAUUGCUGGGGAUCCCAUGUGCUCCUUUAACAUGACUCCAGUGGGAAUUGGCAAAUGUCUUAAGUACAUCCUUCAGUGGCAGUUGGCAACACUCAUUUUGGGAGGAGGAGGCUAUAACCUUGCCAACACGGCUCGAUGCUGGACAUACUUGACCGGGGUCAUCCUAGGGAAAACACUAUCCUCUGAGAUUCCAGAUCAUGAGCUUUCUCAAAACAGGUUAACAGAAAGCUGUCUGAGCCCAGUGCGUGUGCUGAUUAUCCCUUAUGUGAAGGUGUACCCCUUCUCUUCCCACCCCUCCCCACACCUGGCAGGAAGCAUGUCAUCACAGAUCAAGAUGUAUAGUUGUCGGGCUUAGACUGAUUGUGUGGCUUAUAAUAAAACCAGUGUGCGAACCAGUACCUGUAGCCCCGUUUUCUCAAGCCAUUCCCCAUAGAGAUGGUACUUCGGGGAUGUUUUGAUUCCUGCCAGAUGCAGGAUCUGUACACUUGGGAGCACUAUUCUUUUUAAAGUUACUAUUAGUUUUUUAAAAAUUAGAAACAACUUCAACUAAUUCCCUUCCAAUUUUCUUCUAAACGCAAAUGAGGUAUAAUAUGUAUCUCUGAAAAACCACUCAGUGUGUCUAGAAUACAAAUAGAAGGCAUGCUAUAAUUUGAGACAAUUUGCUGGUGUCAGGGUUAAUAGAAGUCUCUUUUCUUGACUUACCUUUGUUCAGUAUUUGGAAGCUUUAUGAAAUAUAAAGAUGAGCAAACAAAUUACAUUUGUGAGCAAAUGUAAUCGCUGUUAUUGCUGUGGGACUAUCUCCGACUGCAUCGUAAUUUAAAGCAUUGAGACUUUAAAAACUGAUCAAGUUAUGUCAAAAAGGAGUUUUAAACUGUAGGGGCUUGAAUUGAAAACGAGUGUUCUGUUCCUAGGCAACAAUGCAAAUCCAUAGAUUCAUCUGUCUUAAAAGGUUGAUAAAAUUUUAAUAAAGAUGAAUACUGCCUCUGGUACCUGGAGAAGCUAUGUGCCUGAAUAGAUAGGGUUUGGGCCUUAUACAUAGACAUGUCCCCUUUAUGCUGACAUAUUCUGCCAGAUUAAAUAAUAUACAAUGUAUGCAAAUUGCCUAGCACAGUUCUUGGCACAUAAUAGGCACUUUUGAAAUGCAAGUUUUCUCCUUCCCCUCUGCAUGCUCCCAGCACCUCCUUAUACCCAGACAUUUAUGACUUUGUCGCUCAUAAAUGUGUCCAAACCCUUUUUGAAUCCCUUCUGUCAUAUCCUUCUGGUAUAAGAGAUGUGAGUCAUCCAAGAAGGAACAAAGAAGAAAAUUGAAAUGACAGUCUUCCAUGUACAAUAAGAUAACAUUUUAAUGAAAAUUGCCAAAAAUAGACUGCACAGUGUGAAGGCAUAUAUAAGUUCUGUGCCACAAUACACAGUUGCACACAGAUAUCCUUGUGGUUCUCUGUAAUCAGGUCAACAAAUGGUGCAUCAAAAAAUAUUUACUGAGCACCCAUUGUGUGGCAGGCACCAUGCUAGGUGUCUUGGAAGCUGCAAAGACACUAAGACCUCAUCUUGUCUCUUACCUCAAGCAGCCUGGGAGGGAGGCUGGUAUAAGUUCUAGGGAGACAAGUAGAUACACAAAUAAUUAUAUUACAGAGCAGAGUAAGAACCACAAGAUAGUAGGAACAAUGAUUGUGGAGAUGUGCAUCAAAUAUGAAAGGGAUACAAAGGAGUGUACAAGAUACCCUGCCUUCCAGGAGCUGAAAAUAUAAUUGAGAAAUCUAGUCAAUGAAAAGGUCAAGAUAGUGCAGCAGUCAGCUACAGUCUGGCUGACCCCCUCACUGUCUUCACUUUCAGUCUUGGGCUUGUGUUCUUCUGUGUCCUAGGAUAAUAAUCUUCCUCCUCCAAAUGUUCUUUCCCCAUCUGUC